AUGGAGUGGUCGGGUAAUCAGAUAUGGGGUGAAAGUUACUUGGCGGGUAUCUCAGCCCGUGAUAAAUUAGCUAUGAGAAAUGACGAGAGUUCGACUUUAACUCUCAAAGUUGAGAUAGCGAAUCAUCGAGAUAUUCCAUUCGUGUCAUACGACAUAGAAGAAGCUAAAGAGUAUAUUAAUAAAAUCCCCCAUUAUGUUCUUCGAAUCUAUGGACAUCUCAUUAAUGGUCAGAAGGCAGUCGUAACUAUCACUGGUAUUAAGGUUUUCUUCGAUAUUCGCGUUCCCGAAAAUUCGAGUAUUCCUAAAUUCUGGUCCAAAAUUAAGGGUAUACUUACUACUGGAAAAGACAACCAGGGGAAUAGAGUAGACAUGAAUCUGAUCCGAAGGGAGUGCAUAAAGGCAUACCCUAUUCGUGGCUACCAUGCGGAAAAAAAGUCAUAUCUUCGCAUCAUUGCACCUAAUAAAGAUAUAAGGUUCACUGCUCUCGAUAUCAUUUCAAACUAUAAUUCGGAGGCUGAUCCCGAAUGUAAAAUAGAGACAGCUUCUGAUGAUACAGGUACAUAUUAUCGUAAAGUUGCGAGAGAGUAUAGGAUACCACUUUCCGGAUGGGGGUUAAUAAGAGACUACAAAUAUAAUUUCGGAGCACCAUAUUAUGCUCGUUCCCACCUUUGUCCACAUGCGUUUUAUGUCCAUAUCAAAAACUUCCGCCCCAUAGACGAUUUCGGACUACUUUACGGAAUCUAUCUAUCUUUUCUAUUUACUCGUGACCGAGCAUUAGUUCUAACAUGGGACAUAGAAACAUACGAUUCACGUGGAUUAGGCAACUUCCCAGAAGCGAAAAAUGACACGUCCCAGGUUUUUACGAUCUCUUUCGCUUUAUGCUGGAAAUCUUUUGCUCCAGACAUCCAGCUCGGUUUUAAUGACUCUGGUUAUGAUUGGCCAUUUAUAGUGGAGAAGGCCACUAAGUUAGAAGUCCUCGGAUGGAUGAUUCAGCAAAUCUCUGCGAACCCACAUAAGAAAGCUAAUGCUCAAUCUAUUCUCACUUGGAAUUAUUUCAGUGGAACUGGAAAGCCACUAACUAAUGGUUUCUUCCAAAAGAGCCAGUGGGUAAAGAAAACGGACAGGAGUCCCAAAAAAAUAUUAGGCCGAGAUUCCAUUAAUAUCAAAAUCCAUCCAACUUUAGACUUCGAAUCCUCCUUUCUUAAACUUCCCGGGUGUGUGCCGAUUGAUGUUCGUGCAAGUUUUAUGCAACUCCACCCUCACUCUGAAAAAACAUCACUUAAAUUCUUCUUAGAAAAAUGUGGUCUCGAUGGCAAAGCUGAUAUGCCCAUGAGCAAAUUAUGGGAGUAUUAUUCGGAAGCAAGGAAUGGGACUUCCGACUCUUCCGUCAAAAAUAUGCAUGAAAUCGUAAAUUAUUGUGUUAUAGAUGCUUUACGUUGUCAGGAGCUCAUGGUUAAAAAUAAUGUCAUAAAUGAUUAUAGAGAAGUUGCCUCGAUCGCCCACAUAUCAUUAUUUGACACACAUUAUUAUGCCAUAGGAAUGAAAGUAGGUAAUCUCUUGGGCGCUGAAGCGUGGGCGGAGGACAUUCUAUUCAGCAUGAAAACUUCUGAUCAGAAAGCAUCUGGGAAGUUUCCGGGAGCAUAUGUAUUCCCACCUGAGAAAGGUCUUGAAAAUAAGCGACCGGUCACGGGUUUGGACUUCGCUUCCUUGUACCCUAGCAUAAUUAUGACUUAUAACCUCUCAUCCGAGAAGAUGGUCUCAACACUUUUGGAGGCCGAUGAGUUAGGGAGAGAGAAUAAAGUGCUCCACAAUAUCAAGUUCAAGUAUAAUGGUAAUCCUAUACGAGCCUGGACUAUACGGCAUGGGAAUAAGCCUGAUCAGAAAGGUCUUUUCCCAAAGAUAUUGGAGAGAUUGGGGAGAAUGCGAAAUGAAAUAAAAGCCCAGCUAAAGCCCAUUGGAAAGAAAAAGGAAUAUAUGGGAAAGGUCAAAAGUAGAAUGGAUGCCAGCGGAUCUAUCUCAAUAGCGGACGCAUUCAAAGAUGUUUUGUCCUCGACGAAGAAUAUGAAGAAGCGUGCUGAGAUGGUUAAAAUCUUAGAUCCUUUUAUUGAUUUAUCGUAUGAUAAUUUUAUAAAAGAAUACAGUUCUGUCUGCUUUGCCUAUGAAUCUUUAAAUUCUAAGCAGAAAGCCAUUAAAUUGUAUAUGAAUUCAUUCUAUGGUGUGACGGGUAGAAGUGGCUCCCCAUUCUACAUACUCGAACUUGCUGGAGGUGUUACUUCGGCUGGGCAAGAAAUUAUCAAACGUGUCACAGAGUACGUUAGAAAGAAAGGCUUUGGGAUAAAAUACGGUGAUACCGAUUCCUUAUAUCUCACUUGUCCAGAUUCCUAUUUUGAGAAAUACGAUCUGGCUUAUAAUGAUGGGAAGGGAGAAAUCUCUAAACUAGAGUAUUGGACCGAGAUGGUCAAGACUACUAUGGGUGUAAUAGAAAAAUUGCGCAAUGAUGUGAACACUUUCCUCAGGCUCAAGACUAGAUCGGAUUAUCUUAAAAUGGCCUACGAGGAAGUACUAUUUCCAGUAGCGUUUACCAGAAAGAAAAAAUAUUUUGGCAUUGACCAUGAAGAGACCCCCAACUUCGAACCAAGAGAGCCUUUUAUAAGGGGAAUAGAUACUGUGAAGCAGGGUAAAUCCCAAGUUUUCAAAACUAUAGGGGAUCGUAUUAUGCGAAGGGCUAUGGAUAUUAAUAACGUCAAAUCACUCCAUGAGAUUGUUGAAGACAUUCUCAGGGAUGCUAUAAUUAAUCAUGAGCAGUGGAAUUUUGAACAAUUUAUAGAGACUGACGCUUGGAAACCCGAUAAAGAUAACAAAGCUGUUCAGCGUUUUAUAGGAAGAAUGAGAGGAAAGUAUGAUAGUAAAAUUCCGAUACCAGGUGAGCGCUUUAGUUAUGUAGUAACCCAUCCCGAUACUACCUUCGAUUUACAUGGUAGAAAGUUAAAACCAACUAAAGGCGAAAAAAUGGAAUUCGCCGAUGUAGCUAAGGAAUUGGGGAAGGAAUUAGAUUUAUACCAUUAUUUCGAAAAAACUAUUAUUGGCCUCUGUGCCCGAUUUAUCAUGUAUGAUAAGAAGUAUGAGCCAGAACCCUCAAGUCGAAUCAUGCGAAUCGAAGACCCGGAUGAGAAAUAUAAGCAAAUUGAUGACUAUGCUCAAAACAAGGCCAAGUCAUGGCUUGAGGGAUUCGUAAAAGAAAAUAUCAUAGUCAAUGGUGUUACUUCCAAGAUGAUGGAAUCUCGUGGGAUUGCUUAUAAGCGUGCUUACAGAACUGCGGUCAAAAAGGCACAAGAAAUGUUGUAUCAAAAGAUAGGGUACUUAUACGAAAUAUUUCAUGGCGAAUGGCUUAGCUACGAGAUUUUCAUGAUAAGUAACCCUAUCGAGGUAUUAUGGGAGAAAUUUAUGAAAUGCGCUAGGAAAAUUUCAAAAGAUAAAAACCUCUCGGUAGAUGACGAAAUGAAGGAAAAAAUAUGCUCUGAUUUUGCUCGAUAUCCUAGCGAGCUUGCAAAGUGUAUUGAAGAGUAUAAUUUAUUCUUUCACAAAUUGGUCUAUCAUAUGCGUUACAAAGAGCAUGUGUCAAUUCCAGAAGAAAUCAGACCAGUUGCAUCCAUGCGAAAAAAUGAGAUAAUUGCUGACCUACCUUCCUUACCUCACAUAUCAGAAAUUGGGGUACUAGAUGAGAUUAGUAAUUUAUGGUAUUUCCAUCUUGAGGAUGUGACCGAGCCGGAGGCAGUAAAGCAAAGCACUUAA